AUAAAACCCUAAUAAACUAGGCUGUUGUUAUAUCUCCAACAAGUAGUAUCCAACUACCCUUCCAAUGAGGUCGUUAGAUGCUUCAAAUGGGGGUGGCUUGUCAGACCCCAAUUGGCCUGGGCAGACAUGGACAUGUCUUGGUGGCACCUUACACCUAGGCACUCCAUGUCUUUGAUCCACGGUGAAGUAGCUAAGGUGUUUGACAAAAGUUCCAAGCACAAUGCCCCAAGCUCUCAUCAUUAUACAUCCUCGGUUCAAUUGAUGUCCGCACAUGUCACUUUGGAAAUCCUUCUAAGAGCAUAUACAAGGGGGUGGUGAUAGUUGAGGGCCACCGAGAGCCAGGCAAGCCUGGUGCCCCUAAGCCUUGGCAACACUAGGCAAGGCAUGUAACAAGGUCCUUGCCAUUGGUGAGGCAAGGCGGACAAGAGAACGCAAGACAAUGUUGGGACUAGAAAAGUUGGGGGGGCUGCCGCGACGAAAGACCACACGUCUGAGGAUGGUAGCGCAUAGUGGGCACAAUUGAGGCAAUGUUGGUGCAUGGUCUCACAAAGCCCAACUUAGGCUCGGCUCAACAUUCUUGAUUGGUUUGUGGGCAAACUUGGCUGCGAAUUUGUUGGCACAUGGCUGAGACAGGUCUGCUCAAAGCAUGGAAUGAGGUGGGUGAAAGUAGUUGGUGUGCUUGGCCUAAUCAUGGGAAGUAGUUGAGGGUGGUUAUUGGGCAUGACCUGAUCAUGGGCGAGCAGUUGUAGGCAAUUACCAUGUCAAGUGAUGAAUUGGAGGAACUGUUAGCCACCUAUCAAGCAAAGAUGCAGCCGGUCAUGACAGUUGUUGCUAGAAAGUACCAUGCCUAUGCAACUGGUUGGUUAGUGAGCUAGUAAAACCCUAGACAGUUGGGGGUGUCAAUUGCCAUAUUUCUUGUACAAAUAGGGAAUCCCAGGCCAAUCUGUAGGCAGAAUCUCCUUGGUCGAAUUUGUGAGUUCCUUAUAUUGUUGAACAAUAAUAUAAGGGUGAGGAGUGUUUUCCCUAUAUAUCGUGUGUAGCUUGUGUGUGUCUGCACCUUUACGAGCUUAAGUGGCUGGUUGUUGACGCAAGGCCUUCACGAGUAGUCUCCUUUGUGGAAAAUUUGCAAAUAGUGAGUUAUCCUGUGACAGCUAUAUUGGUAACAUGGUUUUGUGGACCCAUCUCUCAAGUUGUUAUGGAUGCAUCUUGUAUAAAAUUGUCUAAUGACGAAUAUGUUUUAACUAAUAGAACUAAAAUUUAGUGAAGGAUGAGUUAUCUUGAUAUUUGAGAAAGACUGAGACAAGUAUAAUAUAUCAAAGGGUUUUUAAUGUUUAUGUAUGAACUUUUUUCCAGGUAGGAUUACGUUAUUUAGCCGGAGACAUUAUGGGGGGUAAUGCUCGUUGUAUCGCAAUGCUUCAAGCAUUUAAAGAAGUUAUCAAAGACUACUCCACACCACCGGAAAAAACUCUAGCUAGAGAUUUAACUGCAAAAGUCAAUAGUUAUGUUUCAUUUUUGAUACAAUGCAGGCCACUAUCAAUCAGCAUGGGGAAUGCAAUUCGGUUUCUAAAGGCUCAUAUUGCCAAGUUACCCUUAACUAUGCGCGAGUCAGAGGCAAAAGCUUCUCUGUGUUCGGACAUUGAUCGCUUUAUUGAUGAGAAGAUAGUACUUGCUGACAAGGUAAUAGUCAGACAUGCGGUGACAAAAAUCAGGGAUGGUGAUGUUCUUCUCACUUAUGGUUCAUCCUCCGUUGUUGAAAUGAUUCUGCUACAUGCUCUUGAGCAUGAGAAAAAAUUUCGUGUUGUGGUCGUAGACUCACGUCCUAACCUUGAGGGCCAAACACUGGUUCGUAGGCUGAUGGAGAAAGGCCUUAGUUGUACGUAUACUCACAUAAAUGCUGUUUCUUAUAUCAUGCAUGAAGUUACAAAAGUAUUUUUGGGGGCUGCCUCUGUAUUGUCUAAUGGAACUGUAUACUCGAGGGUUGGGACUGCAUGCGUUGCUAUGGUUGCUCAUGCAUUUCGUGUUCCAGUUUUGAUUUGCUGUGAGGCGUAUAAGUUUCAUGAAAGGGUACAGCUGGAUUCAAUUUGUUCAAAUGAACUCGGUGAUCCAGAUGCCAUAUCCAAGGUGCCUGGAAGAAUGGAUGUUAGUGACUCAGAUUAUCGGGCUAAUAAGGAAAAUCUGCAAUUUCUGAAUUUAAUUUAUGAUGCUACUCCAUCAGACUAUGUCUCUAUGAUCAUUACAGAUUAUGGCAUGAUCCCAACCACAAGUGUGCCUGUAAUUGUUCGUGAGUAUGGGAGGGAGCACCUGUUGAUAUAG